GCGUUGAAUGCACACUCGACGCAGAGAAGCAGCGAAAAAGAGGUGUAUGUCAGGUGAUCAAAAUUAAUCGGAAAACAAUUUUCCCAUUAUUUCGAGAUAUUUGAAGAAUUCCAACGAGAUUAUGGCAGUACACCAAGACACUGAGUUUCAACAUCUGAAUUUUCUUCUAAAGGCCAGUGGGAAGGAUGUUGUUCAGCAUGCGUGUGAACAUGCUUUCCUCUAUCACAAUGUCCUCUCCUUUCCGAUAGAGGUCAUAGGAAAGACGGCUGAUGGGCUAGGAAUCAAUGUUCGAGAUGCGGAAAAGCUUUUAGAGACUCUAAGGAAAGUGAUCAAGCAUGCGCUCUACAUCGGUUGCACAGAUGCUACUUCUGUUCAUGCUGUUUUCCCGGCUGGUUUUCACAAAAACUUGAAGGAGCUUCUAUCAAGAAUUAUAGGUGACAAAUUAGACAAAUGGAGACAAGUAGCAAUAGAAAACAAAGUAUCACAACCCAAGCUGGUAGACUUUGAUUGGAGAGUAGACAUCAAGACUUCUUCCGAUACCUUAGCCAGAAUGUCAGUACCAACAUGUAUCCUUCAAUUACAGAUUGAGGAGACCGCAUCCCGUUCCCAUCUCAUGCCAGGCAUGUCCACCCUCAAUGUGGAGCUGAGUAAGGAGAAAUUAGACACCAUGCUGGAUGGGUUAGGCAAAAUCAGGGACCAGCUCAACUCUGUAGCAGCCAGGAAGUGAGGUGGGAAAUGAAACUGGGGAAAGGGGAAUUUCUCCCCAUUCCUUCCCAUGAACAUUUUGACAUGCAAGGAAAGUGAAGGCUUAGAGAAUUUGACUUCAAGGUGAGCUAGAUGGGUUAGGCAAAAUCAGGGACCAGCUCAACUCUGUAGCAGCCAGGAAAUGAGGUGGAAAAUGAAAUCGGGGGAACAAAAAUUUCUCCCUAUUCCUUCACAUGAACAUUUUGACAUGCAAGGAAAUUUAAUGGUGAAAGAAUUUGAAUUCGAGGCGAUCCAGCAAUUUCUUAUCUUUGUUGAGAAUAGAUGGACAUUUUUUGAAGUUGAAAGUCUCCAGGACCAAGGAACUCCUGUCGUGUAGGCCAGAUGAAACGAUGAAUAGAUGUAAUGUGGUGCAGUUUUAAGUUGCCAUUCUUUAUGAGAAAACAAUGAUUUUAAUCUUAUAAUUUGGAGUCGGGAGUUCAUGCUUUAUAUCUUUUAUACAGACUUAACAUCCUUCUGGCUCCAAACAGAUGAUAUCAAUAUACAGUGAAACCUGUAUAUAGAGACCACCCAAGAG